AUGGACAUCAAUGCAUUACUGUCGCCGCAGGCUUCUUCAGCGAGAGAAGAAACUGCAAGUCCAUCGUCAACAAAGAAGAUAUCACCACGCAAAGCGCGACCGAGCAGACCCGCAGGUGGCAAGCGCACAUCUUCCGGCCUGAGUCAGGAGAUUUCUCGCUCACCUGACCUCGACCUUCAGCGUACUCCUGGCCGUACAUCUAUCGGCACGCCUUUGCACCAAUACGAAAAGCCGCCAUCUGUUCAUCAAGCGUUUCCGUUGCACUCGGUAGCGGAAAGUGCACCUGGUUUCCGACCUCUACAUCAGCAAGCUGGACCAACAAGCAAUCCUUCACCACCGACACCAGCGGAGGCCUUCCAUGCGCAUGGCUACUCACAAAAACGACCUGUAGUCGCACAUCGGCACUCUUCGACGCUGCAGAUGGAAACGCUUGCUGAUCUAGCUUCCAUGCAAAAAAGACAUUCGACACAUCUAACCACCUCUGGCAGUAGUAUACGACAUAGCGAGACCACACAGCAGCCAGCCAGACAAUCUGCGAUGGCUUCCGUCAUGCCGCCACCCAUUGCUCGAACCGGCUCAGGACAAUCUCUGGCUGAUCUCACCAUGGCCGAGGCACCUGCACAAACGCCACCACCUCGAGACUUCACAUCGAGCGCUUUAAGCGACGUGGAGUCUCAGACUGUAACAGAUCUGAUGGGACAGCUGAAUCAGAACUCGUACGCCUACGACUCACAUGUCCAACUGAUCAAUCUCCUGCACAAAGGUUUCCUGGCCCAUGUCCGUCCACCAGCCGAAUCUGCACAUGUCCCAACCGGCGCUUCCGGCAGCUAUGGCUUCUUGACGGAAAUGCGACAAGCUCGAGAGGCCAUGGACACGCGCUUUGCAGUCGGCGAAGAUCUUUGGCUGGACUGGCUCGCAGACGAAGUAUUACUUGCUAAGACGGCUGAGGAGCGCAUCGGUGUCACCGAGCUUUUUCAAAAGGCCGUCCAGGAUGAACCAGCUUCGGCAAAGCUCUGGCAGGCAUAUGGAGAUUGGAUCAGAUCGUGCCAUGUAGCCUGCAACGAGGUCACCGAAUCUCACGGCUGGACUGUGGAGGACAAGGAGGUCUGCCGGGAUUUGUUCACUCGUGAGACACUAGUGAACGUGUUCGAGCAAGCGAUCGCAGCUACACAAUGGCGAUUAAGCGACAGUCAGCAUCUGUGGUCUCAAUAUGCAGAGCUUCUGCUUGAGGACAUGCCAGAUUCUGCAAAUGAGCCAGAUGUUGCACGACUGAAGAACACGUAUCUGCAGAGGCUGCAAGUGCCGCAUGCAGAGUCAGGCGAGACGGCACAAGCAUACUGGUCGAUCAUGAGCAGAUAUGAGCCUAACAACUGGGAAGCGAUCAUGGCACAGUCUAAUGAGGUCGCGGCACCUGCCCGGAAGCAAAUGGCCUUGCGUGAAGAACACGAGCAGGCUGUGCAGCGGGCUGCCGAAUCUCAAGACAAGGAUACUCUAUUUGAUGCUUUCAGCGCCUACCUUCAAUGGGAGCGCAAGCACAAAAUUCGUGGUGGAGCUAACGGCGUAGAGCUUCGACGCGCAUUGUAUGAACGUGGGCUUCUGCGCUUCCCGACUUACACCGAAUGGUGGCUUGACUACAUAGACCUCCUUACGACCAACGGCGACGGCAGUGGCGUUCUGACUCUUGCGGAGAGAGCCACAAGACACUGCCCUUGGUCAGGUGACUUGUGGGCACGUCGGAUCCUGCGUUGUGAUGUGGAGGGUAAACCGCAUUUCGAGAUCGAGGCAACGAAGCAUCGCGCGACAAACUCUGGUCUGCUUGCAGUAGGCGGCAUGGAAGAGCUGCUAAAAGUGCUUCAGCAAUGGUGCAGCUAUCUCCGACGUCUGGCCUUUCGACCAGGAAGCUCAGAGGACGAGCUAGAUAUUGCUGAGGUGGGCAUUGCAUCAGCACUCGAGGAUAUACAGCAAGCAGGUCGCACCAUUUAUGGCGACGACUUCCAAGGCGACCCACUACACCGCCUCGAAACGAUACAAAUCAAAUACCUGAGUGAGGCACGCCGUGUUCUUGAUGCGCGUGCGAUCUAUCGCCAACUCGUGCCUAAGCACAAGGACUCAUACGACUUUUGGGCUACCUACUACACCUGGGAGCUCUGGAUGUGGGGACACGACAGAAUGUCAGAGGCAAUGCGUGUGGAGACUACCGAGAAUGGACCGCACAUUGCGACCAAAGUAGUGCAAGAAGCGCUAUCGCAGCGUAAUCUUGACUGGCCUGAGAAAGUGCUUGAUAUGUAUCUCACGCACUUCCAGCAACACGAAUCACGCGAGAAGGCACAAGAUGCAAUAGUAGAGGCAAGAGAGUUCUCGAAGCGGCUUUCACUACGCAGAGCGAAGGAGGCAGAAUCUGUACCGCAAGAGCAGCCUGUUGUGGCGGAAGCACAGCCUGUUGCGACUAAUGGUGAGAAGAGGAAGGCGGAGGACGCAACACCAAAUGGUACUUCUGAUAGGCACAAGAAAGUCAAAGUUGAGGAGACUGAUGUAACAGGCAAAGAAGAGCCUUCUGCAUCGACGGCCGCGCAGGCCAAACGUGAUCGCGAAAACACCACAAUCACAGUUCGCAACCUGACCUUGGAAAUCACCGAAGACGAGAUAAAGAAGUUCUUCAGAGAUAUCGGCAAGCCUCAGUCAAUCAACAUUCUACGGGACAAGAAGAACGAUACCUCCUCCGCCACCGUCGAACUCGAGUCACAAGAGGAUGUUUUGGCUGCCAAGACACGCAAUGGCAAGGAGCUCAGUGGCAGAGAAGUCCGCAUCCAAAGCGGAAGCCAGAACACGCUCUACGUCACCAACUACCCACCUGAGUACGAUGAGGCGACCAUACGCAGCUUGUUCAGCAGCUAUGGCGACAUCGUCAGCGUACGUUUCCCGUCCCUCAAGUACAACAAAGCUCGGCGAUUUUGCUACGUCACCUUCCUCACGGAAGAGAUGGCGCGUGAAGCUGAGGCGAACAUGGACAAUAAGACUCUUGAUGCGAAGCACAGACUGCUCGCCAAGAUCGCCAACCCGGAGGCGAAGAAGCAGCGCUCGGGUGCACAGGCCGAGGGUCGUGAGAUAUUCGUCAAGAACCUCGACAGAUUUGCUGUAGAGGAUGAGGUCAAAGACUUCUUCAGCCAGUUCGGCAACGUAGCGAGCUUGAACCUGCUCAAGCUUGUAAACAACAAGCGUACCGGUACAGGCUUCGUGGUCUUUGCAACCGCCGAAGACGCCAACAAAGCCCUCGCAGCAAACAACAGACCUUGGCGAGACCGAAUCUUGCACGUAGAGAUCUCGCAGUCCAAUGCAGAAAGUCGUGCCGCACCGCUCGAACGAGCCAGAAAGGAAGAUGUGAUCAUCAAGCACGGUGGCGCUUCUGCUUCUCCUGAACCGAGUAGCAUAAACGGACGUCGUGGCUCAGACGUCUCCAUGGCGUCAGCACCCCAUGCCCAAGAUGAAGAAGCCUACCGUACUGCUCGCGAGCGCAAGGUCGCUAUCUUCGAACUUCCGGAUACAGUCAACGAUGCUCGAAUCCAAGCAGCCAUGGAGGCUUAUGGACCCAUUGUCAAGAUGCAGCUGAGACGGCAGCUUGGAGGUGCGAUUGUGGAGUUUGCUAAUGUUAGCGAUGCUUUCAAUGUACGGCAAGGUGUCGAUGUCUCGAGUCUGGGUGAGAAGGUCAGAACGGGCGAUGUGGGUGAUCUGUUGUCGAAGGGGAAGAAGAAGCAAGAUGCGGGUGCUGGUGGUGCGAGCACGAGUCUGAGACCUGCAACGUUCUCGAGGCCAGGUCAGCGAGGUGGAAGAAGAGGCGGGCUGGGAUUCAAGAGAGGUGGAGGGUUUGGUGGGAUGGGAGGUCCGCCUGCUGCUGCUACGUCCAGCAGUGAAGCGGCAAACGGUGUUGGUGCGGGAGCUGCGAAGAGUAACAACGAUUUCAGAGCGAUGCUUGAGAAGAGCAAAUUGCAGCCAACGCCUGCAGAUGAAGGAGCUGCGGCUGAGUGA